GCGUUGGGGAUUUCCACGUCAUGGAUUUAUGCUGGCAGGCAGUCCGCAUUUUAAGGACUCAGUCGGUCGUUUGGGUUGCCAGGAUACGUACGAAUCUUCGGUCGAUUCUGCUGGAGCUGUUCAAUCCGCGUUCACAUAAAUUCUGCAUUGAGAGUGCGGAGGGAGACGGUGUGGGAAAGUUUGCGAGUUAGUAAAUCGAUAUUUUCUUUAGCUCCGCCAACCGUUGUUGUACGAGUAUCUGGGUAGUCACUUGGAGAAUAUGGACGAGUUGAGUAGCAUAUUGCACAUGUUUGAGAGAGGGAAAACAUUUGAUAGUUCCGGUAACGUUAUACGAAAUAGGUUGAAUCUUGAACAAAGGAUCAAUGUACUGAGGCAAUAUGAACAGACCCCAGACAUUCGCUUCUUGGCAGAGAAAUUUCAAUGUGGACGAAGGCAAAUCAAGACUAUUUUGCGCAAACGUCAAAAAUAUUUGAUGAUGUGGUCAAGGACUAAAAAACUGACUCCUAGAUCGGAUUCAUCGUUUUUGGACACUAUUGGGAUAAUUCUGCACGAAUGGGUCAAGCGGGCGCGAUGCUAUAAUAUAAAUAUCACGGAUGAUAUUCUACGGAACUUUGGACAGGAAAUCGCUGACCUCAUCAAGUUUCAGGGGUUCAAACCGACGAGCGCUUGGCUUAUUCAAUUUAAGCAAAAGUACAGAAUUCUCGACAUGGAAUUAAACAUUAAACAAGAAACCGACUUUCACCUUGGGGACAGAAAGCCUUUGGGUGUUAGUAUCAUAAUUGAAGAUUUACGUCGAGAAUAUGGCGAUGCUCUUAUUCUUCCUGAUGGGGACUCGAAUGACGUUGAAUUCUCCGAUGAAGACGCUAGAACCGAAAGUCUAAUGGCAGAAAAUUUCCGAUCGGAUAGCAUUGACUCUGCAAUACAAAUGGACGUUGGAAAGGACAAUAUAGAAACAGAAGCUGCUAAUGAAAAUGAUACAGAAUUUGCGAAGGAAAUUUCGAAUUACCGGGAAGCGUUGAACCAGCUUGGACCAUUGGAACAGUUUGCCUUGCUGAGAGAGAAUAUUCGAGCGGUUGGGCUUAUUAAUCAAUUAGAGAAUCUUUUUAGGGAGGAAAUGCUAAACGCUGAGUUGAAAUAAAUGUUUGUAUGGAUGAUAAUACCUUUACCAAUAAAAUGGAUGUAUGAGUAAAAUGAAUGAAAUUGUACAUAGUUUUUAAUUCUUAUAAUAAUAAAUUAAUGUUUAAAAGA